AUUGUAAAAAGAUGUGUUAUUCAUAUAAGGUAUAUGUUGCUUUUUCACAUCAUGCAGUAGUGGUGGGCAAAAAGGGGUAAAAAUAGACUUUUUUUUUUUAAUGAGCGGUCAAUGAACUCUAGAUCCGUUUGUGGAAAUUGUAAUAUUCCUUUUUUCUCUCUGCCUUUGUAUAGAUAAACAAUGACCAUAGAUGAACAGCCAUUACGAGCGAGUAGUGUAAGGGAUUCCUUACCUCCAGUCACGACAAGAAAGAAACCCCACAGCCGGACACAGUCCAUCUCUACACAACCUGUGACGCAAAAAAAGAAACAUAACCGAAGAGGCUCUUUACCUACGACGAUUCAUGUAGACCAUACUAAAUACUUGGAUCCGCCCAUGCGUUCGCCCUUUUUGGUGGCGCCUAUACCUCCUCUACCAGAAAAGGGAGCGAUUGCGAUCCACAUUGCCAAUCCCAAAUCCAAUGCCAUUGCAGCUAGUCACUACAAUUUCAAGCAUAAGACGGCCCUUUACAACAUGGCUUAUAUCUUGACCUGGUAUUUCUUUUCGACUUGUUUAUCGCUCUACAAUAAGAACUUGAUGGGUCGAGACAGAUUUAAUUUCAAUUUCCCCUUGUUGGUCAGUGCUAUUCAUGCUGGUAUUCAUUCAGUCAUUACAGCCCUCAUGAUGUGGUUUGGAGGAAACCGAUGGAAAGACACAACAGGUGGACACAUGACGAAAGCAGACUAUUUCUACAAAGUGGUAAAAUAGAAGAGUUGUUUUGUAGGGAUACUUGUUCUAUUGUUACUAAUUAAAAAUUGCAGGUUCCAUGUG